AUGACGCCCCCAUCGAAGUUCCUGCUCCUCCCGAGAGAAGUUAGGGACCUCAUCUACGAGGAGUUCAUCUUCUCUCAUCACGAGACCAAAGUCUCCCCACCAUCUGCAACCGAGCGCCCAAGCAUCGUGCACCUGCACUUGCGCAAGAACUGCCGCAACACCUCCCUGAUGUUCGUCAACCGUCAGAUCCACGAUGAAUACGAAGAACAGGUCUACCGCAACUCGACCUAUCAGAUCCGCAUCAUCUGCAACAGCUUCCCCCUGGACCUGCUUCCCGCCAAGUCCAUCUCGGGCCACUGCAAGCGCCACCUCCGCCACCUCGAGGUGCGUCUGGAAUUUUGGACCCUGCCGCUCUGGGGCAGCAUGCUGAACGGCACCGCGCCGCCGGAUGUGCGCCGCUAUCUGAAUGCCGUCGUCGCGACGUGCAUGGCCCAGCUGCCGGCGUUGGAGACGCUGUCCGUGCGCUUCGACUACCCGACCACCUUCCUGGUCCGCGAGGCCGAUGUCAAGACAGCGAAGGCUUACGCUGGGCGUUUGCUUGAGUUCAGGCCGCCGGCUGUUGCUCACAGCCGCCACUUGAAGCGCUACAAGGUUGCCGUUUUCGUCCGGGGCUCGCAGCGUCUUGGUUUCGCUCUGCAUGAGGUUUCGAAGAGAAGGUAG